AUGGCCAGUCAAGGAGAAGAAAUUUAUCAUGCUAUUGACUUCCAGCAUUUCUGUGUUUCCAUCUACAAACAGACAAUCAAGAUCUUUGAGGAAGAUGGACGAACUGAUGAUGUCGAAAACUUGAGGACAGAGUGGGAGGGGGAAUAUAAGAGGUUGGAGGCUUUAGUCGGGAAGCAUAUAAAAUCCCCUACGUUUUCGAGGGAUUUGCAGGUUACCUGUCGCGGAAGGCAGCUUUUUGGUACGGAGAAGGGCUAUAUUGGUAUUGGUGAUAUCACCCUGGAGAUUGGAGACUUGGUAUGCGUGCUGAUUGGGGGCAAGACACCUUUUAUUCUUCGUCCUGUUGUUGGUGGCAAAUACAGGUUUAUUGGCGAGUGUUAUGUGCACGGAAUUAUGUUUGGGGAGUCGUUGGAAGAGGGUCUCAAACGGGAGAAAGUGUUUACUUUAAUCUAA